AUGGAGCGGGAGGGCGGCGGCCCGGGCCCCGCGCCCCACGAGCCCAUCAGCUUCGGUAUCGACCAGAUCCUGGGCGGCCCCGAGCCCACGGGGCCGCACCGGGCGGCGGCAGAGCCCGACUACGGGCUCUACGGCAGCGGCUACGGCCCCACCGGUCCGCUCGGCUCCUACAACCUCAACAUGAGCAUGAACGUGAGCGUGAACGUGACCCCCGCGCCCGCCGCGCCGCCCGCCGGAGUCAUCCGCGUCCCGGCGCACCGGCCCGCGCCCGCCCCGCCGCCCGCCGCGCCCGCCGCGCCGCCGCCGGGGCCCGCGCUGCCGGGGCUCACCUUCCCGUGGAUGGAGACCACGCGCCGCAUCGCCAAGGACCGGCUUUCAGCCGCGCUGUCGCCCUUCGCGGUGACGCGGCGCAUCGGGCACCCGUACCAGAACCGGACGCCGCCCAAGCGCAAGAAGCCGCGCACGUCCUUCUCCCGGGUGCAGAUCUGUGAGCUGGAGAAGCGCUUCCACCGCCAGAAGUACCUGGCCUCGGCCGAGCGUGCCACCCUGGCCAAGGCCCUCAAGAUGACGGAUGCCCAGGUCAAGACCUGGUUCCAGAACCGCCGCACCAAGUGGAGGCGUCAGACGGCGGAGGAGCGCGAGGCCGAGCGGCAGCAGGCCAACCGGCUGAUGCUGCACCUGCAGCAGGAGGCGUUCCAGAAGAGCCUGGCACAGCCGCUGCCCCAGGACCCGCUCUGCAUGCACAACUCCUCCCUCUACGCCCUGCAGAACCUCCAGCCCUGGGCCGAGGACAACAAGGUGACGUCGGUCUCCGGGGUGGCCUCUGUGGUGUGAGGGCGCUGCCGAUGUGCCAGGAGGUGGCGCCGGGAGCCCGGUGGGCUCUGAGCCUGGAGCGUGGCGGGGAAGGGGCUGCAGCUUCCUGAGAGAGAGCCCCACACUGGCAGCCCCCUCCCUGCCAUGCAGAGCCCCCCAGGAAUGAGGCCGUGCCCCUGUGGUUGGACUCAAAGCUUCACUAAACCCCACCUGGAGCACCGCUGUGGGCAGCCCCCUGCCUGGACCCCCAGGAGCCCAGGGCUGGGCCCCCAUGCCCCA